CUCUACUUUCUUUUUAUUUUUAUUUUUAUUUUUAUUUUUUUUUAUAUAUAUAUCUCUUCUAUCUAUUCCACAAUGUCGGGUUUGAUAUCUUUUUCAUUAUGGCGAGGUACAAGUCUAGUCAACAGUCGCAUGACAACUAUAGCCUUCUUGCAGAAACGCGGAUUCAGUCAUAGCAUGUUUCUUCACCAUCAAAACAACAAUGGUGACAAACCCAAGGAAGGAUUGAACACCAAGUUCCGUCGAUUCUUCCAACCACUUUCCUUUAGUGAUCCCAGCAAUGAAAAGUUACGACAACAAUGUGAAUGUGGGAUGCCUUCGACGGUGCAACGUAAUAAAUUCGACCCUAAGGAUUCAUCGUUGGAAGGCUUAUUGGAAAACAACCGACAAUGGGCAGCUGCUGUGAUACAUGAAGAUCCUGAAUUUUUCAAGACCAUUGCUUUACAACAAGAACCCAAGAUCUUGUGGAUAGGUUGCUCUGAUUCUCGUGUCCCGGCUAAUCAAAUUGUUCAGCUGGGUCCAGGUGAAAUCUUUGUUCAUCGUAAUAUUGCCAAUGUUGUCAACCAUGCCGAUCUUAAUUGUCUUUCUGUUAUUCAGUAUGCGGUGGAAGCAUUGAAGGUGGAACAUAUCAUUGUAUGCGGUCAUUACAAUUGUGGUGGGGUUACAGCUGCUCUUUCCAACAAAUCUUUUGGUUUGAUUGAUAACUGGUUACGAAGUAUCAAGGACGUAUAUCGAUUACACGAAGCGGAAUUCGAUGAUCUUAAGGAUGAAGGACAAAGGAUCAAGAAACUUGUCGAGUUGAAUGCAAUCAAUUCAGCCAAAAAUGUAUGUCAUUCAGUUGUUGUGCAGAAUGCUUGGAAGAGUGGACAGCCAUUGACGGUACAUGCAUGGGCAUAUUCGAUCGAAGAUGGACGUGCAAGAAAAUUAGACUGGGUGGUUAGCGAUAACAAGAAACUCCAUAGUAUAUACAAAAUUUAGAUGAAUGGAUGAAUUAGAUGGGUAGAUACCGGAAUAGAUGUAGAAUAGAAUUGAAUAGAUCGCUCUUCCUUUAUAUAUAUAUAUACAUACAAUAAUUGAAUAAAAAUAUAUCGACACUAUUUAUUUAACACUUU